UAUAUUGAAUGUAAUACGUAUUUUUGCGUAUUUUGUAAGUAGAGCCAUUUUGCGAGUCGUAUAAAGCAGCUGUGUGAUACUUUUCACGUCCUUUACAUUUAGGAAUGUCAAAUAAUAAUAAUAUAAAUUUUUGAUUGACAAAAUAAAUACGACAUAACGUGUUGAGCGAGUGUUGGCUCGCAACAUAUUUAUUGUACGCAGUUACAGCUUUCGCGGGUACAAUAAAUAAUUAAAAUGAGUAACGAUAACAUCCAACUACUGAUAAAUGAAAAUGAAGAGAUGGAUGACGUUGAACUUUCACCUGUUCUACGAGUCUUUCCAAAUUCAAAUAAACCAUGUGUCAAUGUAUGGAUGGACAAGAUGACCAACGGAUCAUUGACAUCAGCGGACUUUAAAGAACACUGGCGGAUUUGGGUUCCCAAAAUUUACAGUCCUGAGUUGAAUGGAAAUUGCCUGACAUGGAGCUUCAACGAGAGCUUGGCACAAAAAAUGUUAUACAAUACCCUGGAGGAAUUUAUCUGCAAUGGAGAUCCUCGUGAGGUGAUAGAGCAGCUUCGUAAGAUGGACAAGCCGCCGUCAGUGUGCGGUAAAUUUUUUAAAGUCGGUGAGCCGACUUACAUUUGUCGUGAAUGUGGAAUGGAUCCUACAUGCGUGCUCUGCGUGACGUGUUUCAAAGAAUCAGCUCAUCAGAAUCAUAAAUACAAAAUUGGUACAUCUGGGGGCGGCGGAUGUUGCGACUGCGGUGAUCCAGAAGCUUGGAAAAAAGAUCCAUUUUGUAACAUACAUCUCGCUGGUAUUCAGUACAAAGAAUUAUCUGGUAAUAAGUUGCCUGAAGACAUUACCGAGAGAGCGACAAUAACAUUUGAAUCUGUAUUAAAAUAUUGCUAUGAAUUAUUGUCACUAGAUCAUAAUCCGAAUUUACCACCGGAUUUAAGUCUCACAGUAACAAAUGAAGAUCCACUUUCUUUAAUUAGUUCGAAUGGUAAUUAUUGUACUGUUUUAUUUAACGAUGAAACUCAUACAUUUGAACAAGUGAUAAGUACUCUGGUGCGAGUUCUCAAAUGUUCACAAAAAGAAGCCAUUGAAUUUGUAACAAAUAUCGACAGAAACGGCCGCGCUGUUGUUAAAUGCUCGGAUUUUGGACACUGUAGUGAAUUAAAAUCUGAAAUUGAACGAUUUACAUUAAGACUCAACAGCCAACCAUUAAAAGUUCACGUUGUUCAUGCCCACGUUAUAGCGCAUCAAAUAUUUGCAAUGAAACUUCUUGAUUGGUUGCAACAAUUUAUGAAUCACUGCGAAGGAUUUAGAAUUAUUUUCAGUGAUGUUGCAUUAAACACUAAAUUACCAGAUGUCUCAAUUGUCCAGGGAAUAUUAAAUCGAGACUCACAGCUUUGGAAAGCUGCUAGAACUGCUUGGCAUCGACUUUUCAUAUCCGGAAUGCUGAUGGAAUACGAGAGUAAAAAAGCACUUGCUAUAAUAUUUACUAAAAAUUAUGGUGACGUUAUGAAAGAAUUUAUUCGUGAUGAUCAUGAUCAUUCAUUUUCCAUAUCAUCGUUAUCAGUACAAUUAUUUACAGUACCGACUUUAGCUCAUCUGCUAAUUGCCCAUCACGACGCGUUAUUUAUUCUCAUAAAUACAUUCAUGUCAGAAAGCUCACGUCGUUGUAAUCCAGCUGGUAAACUUGAAUUUGAAAGAAAUGUACCCAAUACAUCAUUCAAAAGAGCUCAAUAUAUUUUGUGUGACCUUGCGUAUUUACUGAGCUCGAAGCCUGACACGUGGACUGAUGAACUGCGCAAAGGUUUCAUUCACGGAGUUUCAUUUUUACUGACAUUACUUUGGAGUAUGCAGCUGAUGAACUCUGUGCUGCGACAAGUGAGCCAGCAUAUGGAAUACGAACCCGAAUGGGAGUCAGCAUUCAAUCUCCAUAUCAAAUUGUCACCGGUAAUAAGUCUCACCCUCGAAUGGUGUGGGUCUGAUAGGACAGUUUUAAUAAAAACCUUCCGUCAAGUUCUCAAAAAAUUAGCCGAAAGAUCUGAAAAUGAACCAUCGCCACCCAGAAUACUGCGUGAGUUAGCAGAUCAUUCCGCUUCGUGCAUCCAAUAUGAUGUUUCAUCUGAGCCAGUGUCUAUUCAUUUGCCAAUAUCACGAUUUCUCGCCGGUCUAUUUCUUUAUUUGGAGAAAUACGAUUUACAUUUUCAGAGCAGCGAAAUAAUGAUACAAAAUCGUUUGACACCAGAGCAAAUAAUAGAGCCUGUACUGAGAACUCAAGCAAUGAUUGCACAAGUACACGCUGGAAUGUGGCGAAGAAAUGGUUACAGUUUAUUAAAUCAAUUGUAUUUUUAUCACAACGUACGUUGUCGCACUGAAAUGCUUGAUCGUGAUAUUAAUUUACUACAAGUUGGCGCAUCAUUGAUUGAAAGCAAUGAAUUUUUAAUUCACAUUCUCAAUAAAUUUAAUCUUAUGAACUGGGCAGACCCUGAUUUUGAAACCAACACUUUAAAGAAUCCAGAAGAAGAUAGUAUAAGACAAACGAUAAAUCUUGUGGAAGAAUUUCUUGGGUUAUUGAUAACAAUAAUUGGGGAGAGACAUGUCCCAGGUGUAGGUCGCGUUACUGCUGAUGACAGAUUGAAGAAAGAAAUAAUACAGCAGCUUUGUAUCAAACCAAUGUCACAUUCAGAGCUGAAUAAGACGUUACCUGACGGUGUCCAUUAUGAAACAGGUUUAGAACGAGUUAUCAAUGAUGUAGCAGACUUCAAAAAACCAUUGCAGAAUUCAGCUGGUAAAAGAUUGUAUGAAUUAAAGUCACAUUUGUAUGCUGAGUACAAUGUCUUCUUUUAUCAUUACACUAAAGAAGAACUGAGUAAAUCAGAAGAAGCACAACGCAAACGUCGAAAGGCGAUGGGUGAACUAGAGUGUUGUCCACCACCGCAAUUACCAAGACUCACUGAAUCAUUUAGUUUAGUUGCUAAUUUAUUACAGUGCGAUGUAAUGCUUCAUAUAAUGCAGACAGUACUUGAACGCGCGCGUAAUUUACGAGCAAGAAGUUUUUCCGAACCUCAAAUUCACAAAAUAAUUCAUUUAAUUGGAUAUGCUCUGCAGGAACAAAUAACUGGUUAUUAUCCAUUUCUUAUUUUUACAGAACGCGCUGCUAAAAAAAAUAUAUAUAAUUUAUUAGAAGAGUUAUUAAAUAGUCCUCGUAUUGAUGCACACAAAGAUUUAUUAACUUGGGUACUAGAAAAGUAUCGUCAAGCAGCUGGCAGUACUAUUGCACAGGUUGAGGUUCCUGCUGACAGCAGCCAGGCAGCAGAGCCAUCGGCGUCUGAAAAAGAUCCAGCUAAAAACAGCAAAGAAUGGAGAACACAAAUGGCUGCACAAAAACGCGCUAAAGUGAUGGCCCAAAUAGCAGCAAUGCAGAAACAUUUUAUGAAAAAAAAUGCAAAGUUAUUUGAAGAAACAGUUUUGGAUGUCAAUAAUAAAACCAGCGAACGCGGAUCAUCAAUGGAUUUAUCAGAGUCGCUCGAGCAGUCGCCAGUUGCUGUCGGGCCUAAACAGACUGCCCGUCUUGCUGAGGAAAAAACUUACACUUGUAUUCUUUGUCAAGAAGAUCAAAGUGUAAGUAUUACUGGUGACGCUAUGGUACUCGCUGCGUUUGUCCAACAGUCAACUGUACUCUGUCAGUCACGUGACGACAUCAAUGAAACAAAUCCAUUGUAUUUAUCAUCAAGACUCGGUGCCUCACCGCAUACAAGUACUUGCGGACAUGUAAUGCACGCGUACUGUUGGCAAACGUAUUUUGAUAACGUACUUGCUAAGGAAAAUCGACGGCCGUAUCGACUAAGACAGCCGGCAAGUUUCGAUGUUGAAAAACAAGAGUAUUUAUGCCCACUUUGCGAGUGUCUCAGCAAUACUGUAUUACCAUUACUACCGUCCUUAGCAUUACUUCACCCUACGAAAGCCAAUCGUAUAAAUAUUGAUUUUGAAACUUGGCUGGAUGCGAUUAAAAUUACUCUAAAUUGUCGGGAAAAAACUAAUAUCACAGAAAUAACAGAUCUGUCAAUGGAAAAUAAUCACGAGUCGAUUUGCCGCUACUGCAAAGAUUCAUCAAACUUUCAACAUACAACAGACGACGGUUCAUCAAAACUUGAAAACUUGGCUUGUCCUAUUCGCAAAAUAUACAAAGAAAUGGGCAAAGAAGUUGCAGCAGCUUUCGAACUUAAAAGUCCCGAGCCCGAAAUACGUCUGUCAGAUCAUUUGAUAUCGAUGAUACAUUUGUUUGCUCAGACGACCUACACCAAAGGAUUGGGCGUUGACCCACAUGAAGAAGACUCACGUGUACCCUUCCUUGCUUUUAAAUCAACGGCUUACACAAUUCACGCCAUUGAAUUCAUGUUACGUGAUUCAGAAAAACCGCUGCUAGGAUCAUUGCCAUCAAGAUUAAGAGACAGUCUCGAUUGUCUCGCUAGAAUAUCUGCUAUUCUUGGCCACACAUGGUCACCUUACGGCGAUAACGGACGGCGAAGAGAUUUCGGAAAUCAAGCGCUCACUUUACUGUCAUUGCUUAUAGAGAACCCACACAGUGACAGCUGUUUCACAGAGUGGGAUCCGUUUGGAAUUCUCGUACCCUUGCUCGUGACAUUUCCCAGCCUGUUUGCUAUAAAUCCUGACCGAUCACCACCAAUAAUAACCGGUGAUAACCACGAAGCUCAUUUACUAAAACUCGUUUUCUUAUCACUUGUUACUAAAAUAGUAGCGACAAGUGAAUUUGAAAAUAACCAAGCGAUGGACGUUGACUUUCAUGAGGAACCAAAUGAAGAAAAUAAUGAAAAUUGUGAUGCUCUAUUAGCUCUAAUGGAUGCUAUCAAUAUCAAAACUGGUAGUUUGACUCUAAAUGAAAUUUGGAAAAAAGUUAAAGACUCAAGUCUACCAUUUUUACGUUGCUGCGCGCUAUACUUUAAUUACAUAACAGACGUACCUGCUCCAGUAGAGCUUACCAAUAAAGGCGGUGAUAUCUAUGAAAAUAUUUGCGCUUAUCUCGGGUUACCAACAACCUGCGAUGGUCUACUAAAUUCUGAAAGUGUGCGUACACUCGCUAAAAAAUGGAUGGAACAUCCGCGCACUAAAUUACCAGUUAAAGUUAAAGAGCCGCUUAAAGUAAAUAGUCUUGUUGAUUUACCUGAGGAUUACAGUGAACUUAUAAAUACCGUGUCGCUGUUCACAUGCCCGACAAGUGACCGUGAAGAUUCACGUAAUCCGACAAUGUGUCUUGUCUGCGGAGAGAUGUUGUGCUCACAAAGUUACUGCUGCCAAUCAGAAUUAAAUAAAACAACUGUUGGUGCAUGUAAUUAUCAUGCGAGUAUAUGCGGAGCUGGGGUUGGAGUAUUUUUGCGGGUACGUGAAUGUGAAAUUUUGUUUUUACGGAGUCCCAAUAGAGGUGCGUUCACGUGCCCGCCGUAUCUUGAUGAGUAUGGAGAAACUGACCAAGGACUUAGACGGGGAAAUCCUCUUAAAUUAUGCAAAAAUAAAUACAAACAGUUGAAUCAAAUGUGGUUGGGACACGGACUUCAUGAAGCCAUUGCUAGAGCACUUGAAUCCUCGAGUAAUCUUAUAUCCACUCAAUGGCAACAUUUAUAACCACUUAAGAAUAAUUUAUUGAUAAAUAAUAAAUAAUCGUCGAUUGGUUAGAAAUAACUCAAAAAAUAAAAAGAAAAAUUAACGGAGUGUGAAUGAAAAUUUGCAUGGUAAAAAAUUUAAAGGUGUUACAUGCAAGUAGUCUGAUUAUAUUAGUUCAUGCUGAUGUAAAGUAGCAUGCAAAAAAUAAUAAACGUAAGGUAUUUCUACUUUUAAUUUUUCUUUUAUCAUUUUUUCGAAACGUUUAAUUACUAUUUAUUAUAUCUACUAGGGUGGUAGUUAAAAAUUAAAUUUUCUCAGGCGCCUGAUAAAAAGCUUAUUUUUAGUGAAAAAAUACCUGGGGAAUUUGGUUUUUUCUUUUUAAGUAAAAAGAACACGUGCCAGGACGAUCGGAGUACAUUUUUCGAUACAAUUGCGUUUUUUUUAAAUAUCUCAUGAAAUAUGCAGAUUAAAGGAAAAAAUCAUAGGAACAAUUUUGUAGGAAAUUAAAUUCUUGACAAAAAAUGUCAUUUUCAUUUUUUUUUUUUAUAAAAUGUGUAUUUACGAAGAUAUUUUGAAAAACUUUUUUUAGAUCUUUGAAUUAAGCGGCUUAAUAUUACAAAUUUUGAAAAUAAUAUUUUUUUAAUUAUAUAGAAACUAUAACAAGCAUUUUUGAUUGAUAUGUUACGAGUUAGAAUGUUGUCUAUAUUA